UCCUCCCGGAUCCCAUAUAUCAACACGACUAGAGGGAGUACAGUAGACAAACCGAGGAUAACCAUACGGUUUAAUUAUACCGAACACGACUCGCGGGAGUAGAUAUAAUACAAUAAUAUCAUAUCAUUAAUUUAUGUUCAUGAGACAAACGGAGGAUACACAUAAGGUUUAUGGGAACAUCUACAUCAGUUCUGCUGAGGACAUGCGGAUGUAAAACAAAACAACAGUAGUACAGGACCAUUGCAACACAUCGCUGUCUCCGAACCCCAGAUGAGAUGGACAUCUCAGAGAGUACUCGCAGGGAUCAGCUAGAGAUAUCCAGCAGUGGUUUUACGGAUUCAUCUUCUUGCACUGAAGAGGAAUUAUCUGUGUUUGAAAUUAAAACUGUGCAACCGUUUUCCCUAUCCCUGGAAUCAUCAGAUGAAGAAGACCAACCAGCAGAAGCAAACAAAAAAGUAAAACGCACAAGAAAACCACCUUCAAGAACCAUAGAGGCAAUGGAUAAAGCUGCACAUGGAAGUAACCCUCAACAACGUCAUAUCAACGUGAAAAUGUCCUCAAACACGGAACACCAACGAAUAUAUGAUAAGAAAAAUUACUGCUUUUACUGUGAGAAGCCGUUUGCAAAGAUUACAAGACAUCUGAAGCAAAAGCACUCUGAAGAGGUUGAAGUUGCUAAGGCACUUGCACACAGGCAAGGUUCAACCAUGCAUGUUCUUCUGCUGGGGAAAAUAAGAAAUAUGGGAAAUUACAACCAUAACUGUUCAGUCCUAUCCUCUGGGAAUGGACAAAUAAUACCAAAAAGACAAGCAACCUAUCCAACCACAGCAACAGACUAUCUGCCUUGCAAGUUUUGCUUCGCUAUGUAUGUCAGAAAAGACCUCUGGAGACAUCAUAAGCGUUGCAAACUGCAAGUGGAAAGCGAUGGACCGGUGAAAAGAAAAGUUCAGGCAAGUUGUUCACUGAUGUUGCCCAUGGACACAACAAUUUCCAGCGGACUCAAAGAAAUUCUUCAGGACAUGACAUAUGACAUUGUGACGCAAGUGGUGAAAUCGGACAACCUGAUACUUUCACUGGGAGAAAGAAUGUUCCUAAAAAAUGGAGAAGUUCAACGUCAUCGGGCAGACAUCAGAAACAAGUUGAGGGAACUUGCAAGAUUGGUUUUGAUGGCGCGAAAAAUUGACAAAGACAUUAUCUCUUUGAAGGACUUGAUCAACCCAGGAAAGUUCAACACUGUACUUGAGGCUGUUAAAAAUAUGACUGGGUUUGAUGCAUUGACAAACCGAUUCUCAGCUCCCUCCACAGCACUAAAACUGCGCCACUCCCUUGUGAAGGUGUCGUAUAUUGUGCAAGGAGAGGCUCUGCGUCAACAGGACAAUGUCUUAAAUGAAAGGGCAGAACAGUUCGUCAAAUUAAUUGAACUAGAAUGGACAAAAGACUUGUCAUCCAACGCACUGCAAACCCUGUCCGAAAAUAAAUGGAACAGCCCAGAAGACAUCAAAAAGCUCCAGGAUCAUUUGAAAACCCUUGCAGAGUUGUACAAAAAAGCACUCAUUGUCCAUCCAUCACAAGGGUCAUGGAGUGAGCUCUCACAAGUCACCCUGACACAGCUGAUUUUAUUUAAUCGAUGUUGUGAGAGAGAAGUUUCAAGGAUGGAAGUAACCACAUACUUGCAGAGAAACAAAAGCAGUAUGCACGAUGAAAUUCUGAAGAGCCUCUCACCAUUUGAGAAGAAAUUGUGUGAGAACUUCAUCAGGGUGGAAAUAAGGGGGAAAAGAGGACAGACGGUACCAGUGCUGUUCCCAACAGAUGUACAAGAGUCUGUGGAACUUCUGAUAAGAACAAGAGAUGAGGUUGGAAUUUCCCCAAGCAACCCUUACAUUUUUUCCCACCCACAUUAUGGAUCUCAGGGGAACAUGCGUGGAUGUGAGUGCUUAAAGCGAUAUGCCGAAAGCUGUGGAGCUCAACAUCCAGAAAAUAUCACAUCAACAAAACUACGAAAGCAUGUAGCUACAGUAUCACAGCUUCUGAACCUUCAAACUCGUGAACUUGACCAGCUAGCUACAUUCAUGGGUCAUGAUGUUGAGAUCCAUAGGGAGUUUUACAGACUUCCUGGCGAAACCCUUCAUGUUGCUAAGGUUAGCAAUAUUCUUCAUGCCCUGCAAGAUGGAAUGGGACAAUUCAAGGAAGAAUCCCUGGAAGACAUUACCCCAAACAUCAACUAUGAAGAGGUGUUCAGCAACUUUGAUGCAGAGGAUGUCCAAUCUGAGCAGACUGCCACAACAAGUCAAGAAGGAAACUCAGAGGAUGGAUAUUCUGAUGAAUUCGCUGCUAUCUCAAGACAAGCAAUUGGAGACAUUCAAAAAUCAAGUCAAAAGGCGAAACCCAGAAGACCUUUGUCCGAGACCGAGAGACAAGCUGUGGAACAUCAUUUCAAGGACUAUCUGAUGCAAAUGAAGAUCCCUGGAAAAACGGACUGUCAAGGAUUCUUGAAUGGAAAUCCAAGGCUAAGGGAUCGUGGAAGAGACUGGAAAGUAGUGAAAUACUUCAUGCACAACAAAAUAAUGUCUCUCAAGAGAAAGUUGUGCCAAUAGUAUUAAGACCAAUAGUCAAAAUUAACUGCCGAAUUCUGGGCGCUUGCACUAUGGAGCAUCAAUGUUAUGUGCCUCUGUUAGGUCACUAUUGUUUCCUGUUUGAUUGGGGUCUUCCUCUGGUGACUUUCAGCACCUUCAGACAAUUCUAUUUAGGCAACGGCUCCUAAUUAACCAGUCUCCCCUCCCAACUUCACUGCAGCAAAACCUCAGUAGUUUGUUUCCUGGUUUUCAGGUACUUUGCUAUUUGUCAAUAAACUAAAAACGAAGAAAUUAAAA